CUGAAAUACGGAACGGAAAUACUAGGAAAAGCUGGAAAAGCGGUGUUAUUGUAUUGCACGUUUUCUAAAAUAAACUCUACACCACAUAGAAAUGACUGUGUUCCACGACGAAAUAGAGAUCGAAGACUUCGAAUACGAUGAAGACGAAGACAUGUAUUACUAUCCGUGCCCUUGUGGAGAUCGAUUCCAGAUAAGUAAGGAGGAACUAAUAGCUGGCGAAGAAGUGGCUACAUGUCCCAGUUGCUCCCUUGUUGUCAAAGUUAUAUAUGACCAGGAGAAAUUUAAAGCUGAAGCUGAAGAAAUUCUAAAAGAUGAUGGGGACAAAGAAGCUAUUAAGGCAUAAACUCUGACACUGUGGUGUGGUUAUUGAGAAAAUAGAUUCAGCUCAAGAAAGAAUGAAACUCUUUCAUGAGUUCAGACAACUGCUUGAUCAUUACUGGAAAUGAGUGUGGACCAGAUGGGUUUACUCUUGUGAUGAGUCAAGUUCUUAUUGUACUCCACAUUGGAUAUAAUAGAAUAAGCCUCGUCCAAGUAAAAACCCUGUCACCGCAUUAUUAUAAUAUGAACUGCAUCUGUGUGUGAAUACUGGACCAAGUCCAGGCUUACUGUGAUAAUAAAGUAAUGUUUAUUUUUAA